UGGACAGUGGGUCAUCCUUCUUAAAGUGAAGUUGGCCAAAUGCUGACCAGCGCAUACAGAGACCGCCGUUUUUUCUUUAAUACGUCAGAGAGCACCAUACAUUGGUUUGGACCCAACUGCAGCAGCAUAUCUGCAACUUGUAUAUAUAUUGGCCAGUACAGCAGAACCGGUGGUUAUCGGUCUCUGCAAGCAGCAGCAGCAGCAGCAGCAGCAGCUCGAAGCUUAGAUAGAAGUCUGGGUAGUCAUCAUCUUGGAAGAGAGGUCAAUGGCAGCAGCUGCUGCUCCCCCAUUCUUCUCCGGCUUCGACAUGGCGCUGCUCCUCGGAGUCUUGGCUUCUAUCCUUGCAAGGGCGGCGUCCGUUGGCGUGUGCUAUGGCACGAGCGGCGACAACCUGCCGCCGGCGAGCACCGUGGUGGGCAUGCUCCGCGAGAACGGCUUCACCGUGGUGCGCCUGUACUGGCCGGACCCCGCGGCGCUCGCGGCGCUCGCCGGCACGGGCAUCAAGGUCGUCGUCGGCGCGCCGAACGACGUCCUGCCCGCGCUGGCCGCCAGCGAGUCCGCGGCGGCGGCCUGGGUCCGGCAGAACAUCCAGGCCCACCCGCUGGUGACCUUCCGGUACGUCGUGGUCGGGAACGAGGUCCCCGCUGGCGCGACGGCGCACCUCGUCCCCGCCAUGGAGAACGUACACGCGGCGCUCGCGGCGGCGGGGCUGGGGCACGUGAAGGUGACGACGGCCAUCUCGCAGGGCACCAUCUCCGUGCACCUCCCGCCGUCGGCCGGCGAGUUCACGGAGGAGGCGCGGUCGUUCAUGGGCUACGUGGUGUCCUUCCUGGAGCGGACCCGCGCGCCGCUCCUGGCCAACCUGUACCCGUACUUCGUCUACACGCUCGGCCUGGGGCACAUGGACAUGAGCUUCGCGCUGUUCACGUCGCCGGGGACGGUGGUGCAGGACGGCGAGUACGGGUACCAGAACCUGUUCGACGCGACGGUGGACGCGCUGUACACGGCGGUGGCGAAGCUCGGGGGCAGCAGGGUGCGGGUGGUGGUGUCGGAGACCGGGUGGCCGACGGCGGGCGGCGCGGCGGCGUCGGUGGAGAACGCGAUGGCGUACAACCAGAACCUGGUACGGCACGUGCGGAAGGGCACGCCGCGGCGGCCGAGGAGGGUGGAGGCCUACGUGUUCGCCAUGUUCAACGAGAACCUCAAGGAGGCCGGCGUGGAGCAGAACUGGGGGCUCUUCUACCCCAACAUGGAGAGGGUUUACCCAAUCACCUUCGGCGCCUGAUGACAAACCCUGCCUGAAUAGUGAAUACGUAUGUAUUUGCCGGUGUUGCUUGCUUGGUGUCUGCGUGUACCGUAUUUGUGCAGGAAUGAUUUUUUUUUGUUAUUAUCGCGACCGCUGAGUUCUUGUUUGCUCAGACGUGUACGCUGAGGGGUCCAUCGUACAUGUUAUGUGUAUAGUAUACUUGCCAGACAGCAGUAGGUGUAUGGGAGGUGUAUUGAGAUUUGGGCAUUCGACACGUUUGUUGGACAAACAAAGUUGAAUUUCAUUUCA